CGUCAUCGGGCUCCACAUCAGCAGGAGGGGCGAGGUGGCUGAUCCACCGGCGUCAUGGCUUCCCAACAUUGAGAGCAAAACAACGAAUUUGGUCGAAUGCCCGACAGAUUAUCGCCCUUCACCCAGAACAUUAGAUUGAGACAGAGGGCCUCGGCUCUCCCCCUUUCUCCCCCCUGAGGCCGCCCCUAGGAUCCAGGAUAUACUUUUUUUUAUUGUAUUGGUGAAUUUCCAUUCGUACACCCGCUGAAGAUGGCCGACCCGGCGGAGUGCACCAUCAAAGUGAUGUGCCGUUUUAGGCCCCUGAACAGCUCCGAGGUGGUCAGAGGAGACCGAUACAUUCCCAAGUUUCAAGGGGAAGAGGACGUUAUUAUCGGGGGCAAACCGUACAUGUUCGACAGAGUGUUUCAGUCGAACACCACACAAGAACAGGUGUACAAUGCCUGCGCCCAGAAGAUAGUAAAAGAUGUUCUGGAGGGAUACAAUGGGACGAUUUUUGCGUACGGGCAGACAUCGUCUGGCAAAACGCACACCAUGGAGGGGAAUCUCCAUGACACGGAUGCAAUGGGCAUCAUCCCCAGGAUAGUUCAAGAUAUCUUCAACUACAUCUACUCUAUGGAUGAAAACCUGGAGUUUCAUAUCAAAGUUUCAUAUUUUGAAAUUUACUUAGACAAGAUUCGGGAUCUUCUGGACGUGUCCAAGACCAACUUGUCGGUGCACGAAGACAAAAACCGAGUCCCGUACGUCAAGGGCUGCACUGAGAGAUUUGUCUGCAGCCCCGACGAGGUCAUGGACACAAUCGAUGAAGGCAAAUCAAACCGACAUGUAGCAGUUACGAACAUGAACGAGCACAGCUCCAGGAGUCACAGCAUCUUCCUGAUAAACGUCAAGCAGGAGAACACUCAGACGGAGCAGAAGCUCAGCGGCAAACUCUACCUGGUGGAUCUGGCUGGCAGUGAAAAGGUCAGUAAAACGGGAGCAGAGGGAUCUGUGCUGGAUGAAGCCAAGAACAUCAACAAGUCUCUGUCGUCUCUGGGAAACGUCAUCUCUGCCCUGGCAGAAGGAACGGCCUACAUCCCCUACAGAGACAGCAAGAUGACCCGUAUCCUGCAGGACUCUCUGGGUGGUAACUGUCGAACCACAAUUAUCAUCUGCUGCUCGCCUUCCUCCUACAAUGAGUGCGAAACCAAAUCCACCCUCAUGUUUGGACAAAGAGCAAAGACCAUCAAGAACACGGUCACAGUGAACGUUGAGCUGACAGCGGAGCAGUGGAAGCAGAAAUAUGAGCGGGAGAAGGUGAAGAAUACGACCCUGAGGAACACGGUCACCUGGUUGGAGAACGAGCUCAACCGCUGGAGGAACGGUGAAAGCGUGCCGGUGGAGGAGCAGUUCGACAAGGAGAAGGCCAACGCCGAGGUGCAGGCCCUGGACAACGUGAUCAACGAGAAGCAGGCGUCCACGCCCAACGUGCCCGGCGUCCGCCUCACCGACGUGGAGAAAGACAAGUGUGAGGCCGAGGUGGCCAAGCUCUACAAACAGCUGGACGACAAGGACGAGGAGAUCAACCAGCAGAGCCAGCUGGCUGAGAAGCUGAAGCAACAGAUGCUGGACCAGGAUGAGCUACUGGCCUCCUCGCGCCGCGAUCACGAGAACCUCCAGGCGGAGCUGAACCGCCUGCAGGCGGAGAACGAGGCCUCCAAAGAUGAGGUGAAGGAGGUGCUGCAGGCUCUGGAGGAGCUCGCCGUCAACUACGACCAGAAGAGCCAGGAGGUGGAGGACAAGACCAAGGAGUUUGAGGCCAUCAGCGAGGAGCUGAGCCAGAAAUCGUCCAUCCUGUCCUCUCUGGACUCUGAGCUCCAGAAGCUGAAGGAGAUGUCCAACCACCAGAAGAAGAGGGUGACUGAGAUGAUGUCGUCACUGCUCAAAGACCUCGCUGAGAUCGGCAUCGCUGUGGGCAGCAAUGACAUCAAGCAACACGAGGGCAGUGGCCUGAUCGACGAGGAGUUCACUGUGGCCCGCCUCUACAUCAGUAAGAUGAAGUCUGAGGUGAAGACCAUGGCCAAGCGCUGCAAGCAGCUGGAGGGAACCCAGUCAGAGAGCAACCAGAAGAUGGACGAGAAUGAGAAGGAGCUGGCUGCCUGCCAGCUGCGCAUCUCCCAGCAUGAGGCGAAAAUCAAGUCGCUGACCGAGUACCUGCAGAACGUGGAGCAGAAGAAGAGGCAGCUGGAGGAGAACGUGGACUCUCUGAACGAGGAGCUGGUGAAGCUCAGCGCUCAGGAGAAAGUCCACGCUAUGGAGAAGGAGAGUGAGAUCCAGACUGCCAAUGAAGUCAAGGAGGCGGUGGAGAAGCAGAUCCACUCUCACCGCGACGCACAUCAGAAGCAGAUCAGCAGCCUGAGAGAUGAGCUGGACAACAAGGAGAAGCUCAUCACCGAGCUGCAAGAUCUGAACCAGAAGAUCAUGCUGGAGCAGGAGAGGCUUAGAGUGGAGCAUGAGAAGCUCAAAUCCACCGACCAGGAGAAGAGCCGCAAGCUGCACGAGCUCACCGUGAUGCAGGACAGAAGGGAGCAGGCCAGGCAGGACCUGAAGGGUCUGGAGGAGACUGUGGCCAAGGAGCUGCAGACUCUGCACAACCUGAGGAAGCUCUUUGUCCAGGACCUGGCUACCAGAGUGAAAAAGAGCGCUGAGAUGGACUCUGACGACACCGGCGGCAGCGCAGCACAGAAACAGAAAAUUUCCUUUCUUGAGAACAAUCUUGAGCAACUCACCAAGGUUCACAAACAGCUGGUACGUGACAAUGCAGACCUGCGCUGUGAGCUUCCGAAACUGGAAAAACGCCUUCGCGCUACGGCUGAGCGGGUCAAGGCCCUUGAGUCUGCUCUGAAGGAGGCCAAAGAGAACGCCGCCCGCGACCGCAAGCGCUACCAGCAGGAGGUGGACCGCAUCAAGGAGGCCGUCCGGGCCAAGAACAUGGCCAGGAGGGGACAUUCGGCCCAGAUCGCCAAGCCCAUCCGGCCCGGGCAGCAGCCGGUGGCGUCCCCCACCCACCCAAACAUCAACCGCAGCGGGGGGGGCUUCUACCAGAACAGCCAGACGGUGUCCAUCCGGGGAGGCAGCAGCAGCAGCAGCAGCAUCGCAGGCGGAGACAUUAAGCACGACAAGAACUGAGAGCGGCUGGACAGAAGGAAGACACCACUGAAGAUGCCGAUAUCGCCCAAUCCGACAACGCGUCAUUCCACGACAGCGACAGGCUCCUCGACGCUGCUUUGGAGCCACGAAGGAGUUUCUGAAAUAUGACAUAUAUUUAUAUAUAUAUAUAUAUAAAUAUAAAUAUUCCCGGCCUGUACAGCUCCAUUCCCUCCCGCCCCCAAUUCUCAUCGUGACUUCUCCUUCUGGAUGUAAUAGUAUUAACAAUAAAAAACAAACAAAAAAAGAACAAAUUGAAUUUACAAAGAUAAUAUCCGUAUCCACCGGACACCUCACGUGCAGCCUGGGCUUCUUUUUUAGUUUUUGCACUAUUGUCACCCUGUGGUGCCACGCCGACUGCACCGAGAGAACAAACCGAUACGCACGAUAACCAGGAGACUCGUGUAGCGUCGCUACAUGUCGUCACUCAAUGGAAACAGCAAGGGGGGGGGGCUAAAUAGAAAAACCCACAACGUGCGACAGCAUAACUGUAAAUUUAUUUGGCCAAACACCUGUCGAGGACAACUGUUUUUAUCCCUAUUUUAAAAUAAAACCUGUACUCACUACUGGCUACUUGAUGAGAAGGAUGUAAAGAAUGCAGGGAGGGGGGGGGGGAGGAUGAUCCAACACGAGACACACACACACGGCUAUGUAGCAUGGGCUGUGCUAUGUGUGCUUCAGCCACUGGUCUCGCUGGGAGCUCAGACUGAGAUGUCUCACACAGGCUGCGUCCCGCGUCGCCACCUUCUGUCAUUUCAUGCAUUUCUUUAGUUUCUCUUGUUUGGGGGCUGCUCUUCUUUCUCUGGUCUUCCCUUCUUCUCACUUGGUUGUUUCCAAGUGAUUUUAGGACCUGUAACUGUGUGCCCCUUUUUGGUUGUAAGUUUGCAGAAAGCAAUGCGUUUUGCUGGGUUUCUAUGUACUGUAUCGAUUUUGUUGUUCCAUUGAUUGAUUUGA